CAAAUCCAUAUCUCAAUCUUCUUCAUCACCACAACAACAACAACUACUACUACUACUCUCUCUCUCUCUCUCUCUCUCUCUAUUCCACACAACAACAACAAAAAAACUAUUACUCCACUCUUCCAAACUACUCAAGAAAUGGCACUAGAAGCUCUGAGCUCUCCCACCGCGGCAGCGCCUUCUUUCGACUUCGAAAGCGCUGCGUCUCUCCCGUGGAGCAAGGGCAAGCGCACCAAGCGCCCCCGCACCCACGGCCCCACCGAGGAGGAAUACUUGGCUCUCUGCCUCAUCAUGCUCGCUCGCGGCGGCCCCACCUCCACCUCCACAGCCCCUCCGCCGCCGCUAAAAAGAGCCCCUCUUUCUCCACCGCGGCCUGCGGCGGAUGCUUCUAAACUGAUCUACAAGUGCUCCGUUUGCAACAAGGCUUUCGGGUCCUACCAGGCUCUGGGAGGGCACAAGGCCAGCCACCGCAAGCUCAGCGGCGGAGGCGGAGAUCACGACCACUCCGCCUCCGCCGUGGCGGAGGCGAACGGCGGCGCCGGCGGAAGGACGCAUGAGUGCUCCAUAUGCCACAGGAGCUUCCCGACGGGGCAGGCCUUGGGAGGCCACAAGCGCCGCCACUACGACGGCGGGGCGGCCAGCGGCAACGGCGGCGGAAGCAGCGGCGUGACGUUGUCGGAAGGGGCGGGUUCAACGGGAUCGCUCAGGAAUUUCGACUUGAACUUGCCGGCUAUGCCGGAAUUGUGGAUGGGAUUUGGCUCCGGCGCCGACGAAGAAGUGGAAAGCCCCCACCCCUUGAAGAAGUCCCGCCUCUCCUUGCCGCCGGCGAAGUUGGAACAGACCUUAACCAACUAAAUUCCAUUUUUAUUUUUAAUUGUUUGAGAAAUUCAAUAUUUUGUUUUUUGUUAAUUAUUUGUUGAUGAUAAGUAUUUUUUAUGUACAUGCGUGGAUAAGACUACAUGGUGAAGAUUAAUUCAUUCAUUUAUUUAUAAAUUAUUGAGUUUAUCAUCA